AUGCAAAAAUCGUUUUCUGAGAAAGUCCUGUACGCUCAUGACGCUCAUAUCAAAUAUAUUGAAGAAUUAGAAGAGGAAGCUGAACUUCAAAGAAUAGAAGAAAUAGAGGCUAAUCAACUUGAAGAAUUGAGAACUGGCGGUUUCGUACCACCCGAGAACGAAAUUUCUGAAUAUUCUGACAAUCCAAAUCUACAUAUGUUUGCUUUGAAUGCACUCCAAUCAGAAAUCUUUGCACUGAUCAACGACUUGUCAGCCAUCGAAGAAAGUUUCAUCGAGGCGCAAGUUCUGGAUUUUGUUGUUCCUUCUGCAAUGCAAAGUAAUCAUAAACAUGAACGAGUUCACACUGGAAUAAUCAAAUUUGAGUGUAAAGUAUGCAACUUCCGAGCCAACCGAUUUACCACUAUGGAGGAUCACAAAAAUAAUGAGCAGGGAUAUAUCUGCCCGAUUUGUCAAGAACGAGCUUGUGAGUACUCUGACAUCAAACAUCACGUUUUCGAAAGUCAUGGAGAAUAUCUUGCUGUUGAUGAACCUAUUGGAUUCGUGGACUCUGCUAGCUCAUGGAUGUUUUUCAAAGGCGAGUGA